AUGCGCCUCUUCUCUCCGCAGAGUGGUCUGCUCACUCUAUCCUACGCAACCCUAGCCCUCAGCAUCCCCCUCCCCAACCCCACCCUCUUCAGCUCAAAAAACAACAUCUUCCUCACAACCUGCACCACGCGCUCCAUCCUCACAGACGAGACCUCCUCCUCCGCAAUCCUCUACGCCGGCACCCCCUCCACCACCAACCCCACCGCCAUCGGCACCGUCGCCUCCGCCCGCGCCAUCCAAUGGGCAGGCUUCACGCGCCGCGUUACGCUCGAUGGCGCCGGCGUGUUCGAGAGCAGAAUCGAGCGAGGCGCGGAUGCGCUUCCCAAGAGCGAACUUGCGGGGUAUGCGACGUUAGAGACUAGCGCGGUAGCAGGAGGGAAAGAGGAAUAUGCGUGCUUUAGGGAUGGGGAGGCGACGUUUAGGUUUGUGGGGGGGAUUUUGGGUGAGGAGACGACGGUGUGUAAGACGGAGUUUUGGUGUGCGAGUUUGCCUGCCUAG